AUGAGAGAGAACGACCCUCGACAGCCUCCUCGAAAAGGAUCCGAUGGAAAGAAAGAACAACACGAAGAAGUGAUCUACUCGGACCGAUUCGUCCCGUCCCGAGACGCGCGCGCGGGCGCGAACAACAACAACCACUCGUUCGACGAGGACGAAUUGAAAGCGUUCGAGGACGUAGACGACAGAGAGGAUGUAGAUAACGACGGCGAAUUGGUGUACCCGAAUUAUCGCCACCGGUACGAGCAACAGUCGUUACGACGAGAAAGGAGGGAGACGAACGAGGACGAUUUGGACGACGAUUUCGACCGGGUUCCGGAGACGACGACCACUACGACGAACAAUAAUAAUAAUAAUAAUAAUAAUAAUAACAACAACGUCCGAAUGAUUGUGGCGAACACGGAACGAGAAGAUACCUCCGCGGCGUACCACGAAUUGUUGAGAAGCGAAUUGCAGUUACCGAAUUAUACCGCGAGCGGAGGAGGCGCGAGAGGACGAGGGGACGAUAGCGGAGGUCGAGGAAACGGGACGAGUGGAGGAGGAGGAGGAGGAAACGCAUCGACUGGGGGAGGAGGAAGUCAAGGAAGUCAAGGAGGAAGUCAAGGAAAUCAUCAGGUUUUGUACGACGGGUCGCCGCUGAAAGAGACGCAUAGGAAUAAGAAAACGCUGAGGUUUAAGACGGAUUCGCCGCCUUCGAGCGGGCCAAAGAAACGAUAUCAGCAGUAUAAUCCAGAGCAGGAUGGGUAUUACGGUCAAGGAGGGAAUGGGUUGGGAGCGCAAGGGUCUCGUGGCAUGAGCGAGAACAACGAAGAAAACGCGGCUGGUGUGAGCUAUUACGAACACCACUCGAACUCUACUUCGCCGUAUUCGUUAUCGCCGAUUGGUCGAACCGGUCCUUUAGGAACGGCGUUAGCCGCGCCGCGCAGAAUGCCGCGCAAAAUCGCUCGGUCGCCGUUUAAAGUAUUGGACGCGCCGGCGUUACAAGACGAUUUCUACUUAAACUUGGUCGAUUGGUCGGCGCAUAACGUUUUAGCGGUUGGUUUGGGGUCGUGCGUGUACUUAUGGUCCGCGUGCACGUCGCGCGUAACGAAACUGUGCGAUUUAGCACCUUCGGAUUCCGUAUGUUCCGUCGCGUGGACGCAACGGGGUACGUUUUUAGCCGUCGGUACGAACACCGGCGAUGUCCAAAUCUGGGACGCGCACAAGUGUAAGUUGAUUCGAACGAUGACUGGCCAUCGCUCGCGAGUCGGAACCUUAGCGUGGUCCUCGAACAUGCUCUCCUCGGGGUCGCGCGACCGGUCCAUCAUGCAAAGAGACGUCCGUUCACCGGAACAGUUCACCGGGAAACUCUUGGGCCAUAAAUCAGAGGUGUGCGGUUUGAAGUGGUCCUACGACGAUCGCGAACUCGCGAGUGGUGGAAACGAUAAUCAACUCUUGAUUUGGUCCGCCUCCGCCUCCAGCGGCGGCCCGGCGCUGCGCCUGCCUCAACACCAAGCCGCCGUCAAAGCCAUCUCUUGGUCUCCGCAUCAACACGGCCUUCUCGCCUCUGGUGGCGGUACCGCCGAUCGAUGCAUCCGCUUUUGGAACACCACCACCAACACUCCGUUGCAAUGCGUCGAUACCGGCUCUCAAGUUUGCAACCUCGCCUGGUCGAAAAACGUCAACGAAAUCGUCUCCACGCACGGCUACUCCCAAAACCAAAUCGUCGUCUGGCGGUACCCAACCAUGAGCAAACUCGCCACCUUAACCGGUCACACGUUGAGAGUGCUCUAUUUGGCGGUUUCUCCGGACGGACAAACCAUCGUCACCGGAGCCGGCGACGAAACGCUUCGGUUCUGGAACGUCUUUCCCGGCCAAAGGAGUCAAGGCGGCGUGCAAGAAAACUCCGUGUGGAACUUGAAUCGAACGCAAAUUCGAUGA